AUGCCACACGCUGUUGAUAUGCCAUCGUUCCUGACCGGCGAUACGGGACCACCAGUAUCGGCGAGUCGGUCUCCCUAUGAAGUCUCUCAUCCUUCUCGAAAUUCGCACGAGAAAACCAAUGGAAAUACGAAGACAUUGUCAUACACAUCCAUAAGAGGCGGGCCUGGAGAAGUCGCAGACAUGUACAUGGAAAACGCCCACAGUGUGCUUACCAAUGGACGGACAUUUGCGAAUGGCGACAUGUUGCAAGAUGGGGCUCUGAACCAAGUUCCGAACGGGAGGGCUAGUGGGAGCAGUUGGGACCAUAAGUCAUCACGGAAUGGAAGCACUUUGUCUGUUAAUGGGGGAACCGAAAAUGGCAGGAGGAGCCCGGGACCGCAGAAUGGCAUGGCAAGAACAUCGAAUGGCACUGGAGACCGUAACUCGAUCGCAUCUACGAAUGGAAACGGGCAUCAUUCCAACACUCAAUCCGCAACUCAAACCAACGGCGACAGUGAACCGCAUAAACCCGAUCUUGUGCCCUCCGCCAUCUCUACGAGUCCCCAAAGCACUGGUCCCUUGACAUACACUACCUCAUUGCUACCAGCAACACCUGUCACGCCCGAAACUCCUCAGCGCGCAGCGACAGCAUCUCCUCAUCGAUAUUCCUCCCCUCCGGCUUAUCCUGCCCCGCCGAUACCAUCUUCAGCAAACAACAAUAACGCCAACAAUCCGCAUCCAGGCACAAGUCAAUUGAAGCACCGACACACAUUACAAGUUCCGAAGGUAACGCCCACCAGAAAUUCUCGCGACGGCGAUGAAGCCAUCCACAGUUCCGGAAGAUUUUCGCCUACCGCUGUGGCUUCGAGCGUUAGGAGAGGGUCGCUGAGCCUUAAUCGAAGGAACACACAGUCGAUACACUCAAAUAUGCCACAUGAGGAGAUACCUCCCGACGAAGAUGCUAUUCGGUGGGCUGAAGCAGUCAGACAAAAGCGAGCCAGCAAGCGACGGAGAAAAGAUGAGGAGGAUGACGAUCGGGUUGUGGUAGGGACCAAGGUUGACCAAAACCACGUCAAUUGGGUUACAGCUUACAACAUGUUGACGGGCAUUCGCUUUACUGUCUCAAGAACCAAUGCGAAACUGGAUCGACCCCUGACUGAUGCGGAUUUUGACGCCAAACAUAAAUUCUCUUUUGAUAUUACUGGGAACGAAUUGACACCAUCCGCGAAAUACGACUUCAAAUUCAAAGAUUAUGCGCCGUGGGUCUUUCGACAUCUGCGAGCUAAAUUCAAGCUCGAUCCGGCCGAUUACUUGAUGUCGCUGACAAGCAAGUAUAUUCUCUCGGAACUUGGAUCUCCUGGGAAGAGUGGAAGUUUCUUCUACUUUUCUCGGGAUUAUAAAUACAUCAUCAAAACUAUCCACCACGCCGAGCACAAAUUCCUGCGGAAAAUACUGAAGGAUUAUUGGAAGCAUAUCGAAGACAACCCGAACACCCUUCUCUCCCAGUUCUAUGGACUACACCGAGUGAAGAUACCUUAUGGAAGGAAGAUCCACUUCGUGGUAAUGAACAAUCUUUUCCCGCCACACCGAGACAUACAUCAGACCUUCGAUCUGAAGGGCUCUACAAUAGGGCGAGAUUUCAAAGAAGAGGAUUUGGAGAAAAAUCCACGCGCGACCCUAAAAGAUUUGAACUGGCUGCGCCGAGAAAAACAUUUGGAGUUCGGACCCGAGAAAAGAACCUUGUUCUUUGAACAGAUGGAGCGUGACGUGCAUUUGUUGCAAAGGCUCAAAAUAAUGGACUACAGUAUGCUUGUGGGAGUUCACGACCUCCAAAAAGGCAACCAAGAAAACUUACGCGACAAAACGCUUCAAGUCUUUCAACCUGGUGGCGACGCUCCAACAGAGGAUUCCGGUCCUGAUGGAAGAGGCCUCUUGAUGCGUACACCAAGCAAGCUGGAGAACGCCCGCAAGGCUAGGGAGCUUCGGCAAAUAAUCAAACAGGAGAAACCGAUUCCAAUGGGUCAGAGCAGCUCACGAAUGCCGGACACGCUGGAAGAGAACACAACGAAGCGGGACUUUAUCUUCUAUAGCGAUGACGGUGGUUUCCAAGCUACUCAUGAGGACAAUAGUCCUGGAGAAGAGAUAUUUUUCUUGUCAAUCAUCGACUGUCUAACCCAUUAUGGAACGGUAAAAAAAUUGGAACAUUUCUGGAAGGGUCUAAGUCAGGACAAAAAACAAAUAUCGCCGAUUUCUCCCGAGCCUUACGGCGAACGCUUUAUCCAGUUCAUUGAAGGCAUAACCAAGAGUCCGGAGGAAGCGGCUCGUGAAAAGGAGGCGCAGGCUACUUCCCCAAUUCCGCAUACUAAUUCCAACACGUUCUCCGACCGUGGGCGAAAUCCCAAUUCUGUGGACUCGGGACGUCGAAGGUCGAACAGUCAGCCUAUGCAUCGAUCAAGCAAUCCAAAUAGUACGCUUCAGAGAAAUGAACAAGAGGCUGUCAAUGCCGAACGACGAGGUGACGAUGAAGCCCAUCGACCAGAUCCGAGAAUUAUCAGUGUUGUUCGAAGUCCAAGUGCUGACCGCAGUGGUGGGCUUCAGGGUCAGACUUUACCUGUGGUUGAGGAGCUUGGAGAAGCAAGCAGCACCGGUGGAAGAAGUGGCCACAGCCGAGAAGAGAAUGACGAUGGAGACAGACGGCCGCGUACACCUGCCAAGGACUACGUAGAUGGCCGUCCUUUGACGCCGCCGAAAGACUAUAGUCCUAAUGGCAAUGGCUACGGCCAUGGAGAUGUGUCCAAGACGACUGUGAACAGGAGCAGUCUGGACAAAAAGUUACCUCCAUUACCGCCAGUAACGAGUCCGGUGGAAAAGCAAGAGAAAGAUUCGUUCUUUUCUUUUCGAGCAUUUUUGGUUUCAGGCUCGUUAGGAUUGUAG